AAGUGUAAAGAAAUCAAAUGAUUCGCUUGAGUCUCUAUAUAAACAUCACAAUCCAACUCUCCCUAAUCCUACACCAGUUAUUCUCUUCAUAUUCCAUACAUCACAUCUCUAUAACAUCCACAAACGUUUCACCUCUUUGAUCCUUUUUUCACAGUAUAUAUAACAGUAGUACUUGAAGCUAUCACAAGGAUGAUUCCUAUAUGCGUGCAGUGCGGAACGGGAGGAAACCCAUGUAGAUGCAAAGUGGUCGGACCAACUUUAGGGCUUGUGGCGUUUGUAGCAGCUGGAGUAGUUGAGUGGCCGGUGGGUGCAUUGGUUUAUAUCUUCAAGCACGCCAAAGGUCGACGUAUCAUGGGCCAUCCGGCUACACACGUUUAUCCCAAAGUCUCCCGUUCCAUUCCUAUAUGAUUCCAAUCACACAUUUGUAUGAGAUUUGAGUAAUGUUACUACUAUAUAUUUAUGUUUCUACGCCGUCAUAAUAAUAUAUUGUAUGUUGUGUUUUAUUUCGUUUCCUUUCUGAGAAGGCUAAUAAAUCUUCGUUUUUAAUUGAA